AUGCGACUGAGCGCACAGGAGAAGAAGAUAGUGCCCGCGGUGACGGACGUGGACGAGCUCGUCGUCGUUCCCGCGCGCGCGGUUUACUUGGGUAGCGAUUUCGCGAAAGCCGCGGAAGACCCGGGCGACUGGGCUUUAGAGCGCGAUCAAACGUCGUCGGAAGGAUACGUACGGUCGCUGGUCGAACACAUCGAGAUCGGUGUUCGCGAGGCAGCGAGGAACCCACACGCAGUGCUCGUUUUCAGUGGAGGAAAAUCAAUCGACGCCGGCGCGGUGAUGACUCGGGCGAGCUCGUAUUGGCAAGUCGCCAGGGCGAACGAUUGGUUCGGCGUCGACGCGAAGGUCGAGUCUAGGACGUUCACGGAAGAACACGCGAACGACGGGUUCGAGCACGCGUUAUUCAGCGUGUGUCGGUUCUUUCAACUCGCUCGAAAGUUUCCUUCAAAGAUCACCGUCGUCGGGUUUCACGUCGAGCGCGCGCGGUUCGAAAAGCUUCAUCUCGACGCGAUGGGGUAUUCCUGGAGCAAUAUGACCUACAUCGGUACCGCGGCGGUGAACGAAAACGAACUGGCGACGCGCGAAGCGAAAGCGUGCGAUGCGUUCGCGCGCGAUCCGUACGGGUGUCGAAACGACGUCGGGUCGACGGGGCAAGCACUGGAUCCGUUCAACGAACGCGCGUCAUAUAGCUCAACGGUGAAAUCACUCAAAUCGUUUUGGACGUAUUUAGACGCGUGUCCUCGGCGACGAUUCGCGGGACGCUUUCCGUGGUCUCCUGGCGUCGCGCUGAUUUGA